GCUAGCAGUGUGGCAGGAAAUAUACGGUUGUUACAUAAAAAAAAACGGGAAAAGGAAAAUUGUUCUUCUGCUGUUCGUUUGUACACAUAGUUUUUGUCAGUAAGUGCACUAAUUUUUCGCAGACGCGCUCUGAGUGUGUGAUCAAGGCCGAAAUAAUCUACGAUAAAUCUCAAAAUCAACAAAGAAGAGCUACCAAAGUGAAAUCUCUGCUCAAAAUUCGUGAGCUUUGAAGUGAAAUUUGCGAUUCUUUCAACCGAGUGCUAUCCCUCGAUUGGUGUUCCUUUUUUCCUUGCGGUGUAGAUGAAGGAAAAAGGGGGGAGGUUUUUGUAUUGUGUCCGUGAAAAUGUAUUAUCGAAGGCUACCCAGCGUUCGCCUUAGAAUGCUGUAGAAUAAUCUGUCGUCGUGGAAGUAUAUUUCUAAUGCCCUUGGAUCAGGGUGGGAAAAUAUGAAAAUCCGUCGCAGCGUGUUGUGAUGUGAGGAAAAAUCUCCAAGAAUACGAAGAAAAGUGUACGGAUGCUUGUGAUCAAUAAACACACAAGGAAGAGAAAAUAGAAUCAGCAGGGCGCUGUGUAGCUGUGUGAGCAGGGUGGAAAAUCUUAUCCUUUUUUGGUUCUGACAGCUCAGACAACCAGAAAACAACAAGGGCCUGGAGCGGUGGCGGGAGCAGCAGGAAAGCCGUCUAUAGUUAAGAUUUAGGUCAACUUGAAACCUUGGAUCGGAACGGAUACAUAUCAAAUCGAAUGCCUCGUUUCUACAUAUAUACAAGUAGCGUAAGUUCAGAAGGUGUAAGCUGUAAUCAGUAGCUUUAAAAUCGAUGAAUUAGUUCUGAAGUCAGAAAAAAUCGAUUUCAAUACAUAUCAGAUAAAGUGGCUUUCCGUGAUGAGUGAAUGUGUACGUGCAGUGUGGUGUAAAGUGUAGGUCCAAGUAGGAAGCUAUGUAAGAUAAAAAUCAAAUUGCAUCUAAUGAAAAAGUGCCAGCAAAAGUUUCGUCCGUGAGCUACAGUAAGAGAGUGUGUUUUCACAGUUUCAUGUGUAUGUGUGAUUGUAGUUCGAAGUUCGAAGUAAGUGGUGUAAUAACAGAAGGAGAAAAAUCAAUCAUCAAAUUGCAUCCCGCCACCCCCGGUGCAGUCGCUUGUUGCCGCCUACAACGAGUCAACUUCGCCCGAUGCAUACCCACGGCAGAUGGAAUCAGCGGAAACGGAAAUACUAGGAGAUCGUUUCUGCUGCUCACACCGAUGCCCACAAAACGACGCGGUGAUCAAUUGAGGGAUUGUUCCGUUUCGUUGCCACUGGACAUUCUAUGGUUACCCAAAGCGGCUAUGAGGCCCAUCGGGCCACCAGACACCUCCCACUCAGAGUGCGUCCUCAUCGUAGGCGUUUCCCGUCCUAAGCUAGCGGCUCUGUUCUUAUCGGUUAUGUUGUUAUCGCUUUUUCUUACGUUUCACAUUCUGUACGACAGUGCUGUCUACAGCAUACAGGCAGCAACGGCCAUAUCCGAAAACAAAAUCGCCAUACUAACAAAUCACAUCCCGAAUCCACCGACGAUUAAUCAUCCCGUGCUAUUCCCCAACAGGAUCCAUUUCCCCAAGACGAGCAGAAGACUUCCUCAAUGUUUGAUAAUUGGAGUGAGAAAAUGUGGCACACGUGCGCUGCUGGAGAUGCUGUAUCUUCAUCCACGGAUUCAGAAGGCAGCUGGCGAGAUUCAUUUCUUCGACCGCGACGAAAACUAUCUCAAGGGGCUGGAAUGGUACCGAAAAAAGAUGCCUCACUCGUUCCGCGGUCAGAUUACCAUCGAGAAGAGCCCCAGCUACUUUGUGACGCCCGAGGUUCCAGAACGCGUCCGUGCGAUGAAUGCCACUAUAAAGCUGUUGUUGAUUGUGCGAGAACCGGUGACGAGGGCGAUAUCGGAUUACACACAGCUUCGAAGUCACGCAGCGACGGCCACAUUGCCACAGCAACAAAGUUUAUCUUCCACAUCGCCAUUAUCCAGGUCAUUCGAAGAUUUGGCGAUUCUGCCAAAUGGAACCGUUAACGAAGCGUAUCGGCCGCUGGCGAUAUCACAGUAUCACGUCCAUGUACACAGGUGGUUGGAGGUCUUCCCACGGGAGCAAUUACUCGUUGUCAACGGUGACCAAUUGAUAGAGGAUCCCGUGUCGCAGCUUCGGCGAAUCGAGGAUUUUUUAGGGAUCGAGCCCCGAAUCGGUAGCAACAAUUUCUAUUUCAACGAGACGAAAGGUUUCUACUGUCUGCGCAACGAAACCGGCGACAAGUGCCUGCGGGAGACGAAGGGCCGCAAGCACCCACGGGUCGAUCCGGUUGUGGUGUCCAAGCUGCGCAAGUUCUUCGUCGAACAUAAUCAAAAGUUCUACGAACUGGUUGGCGAGGAUCUCGGCUGGCCGGAGGAGUAAGGGGUCACCACUGACGACUGCCAGGUGUUGUCUUUUGUUUCAAUUUUCUGUUCGAAUUUCCGUUUCUAAUGACGAUCCACCCUGCGCGUAUCCAAUCAUCGCACAAAUGAAGGUUACACAAAGUGUAGGUAAAAUAUAUCUACAAGAAGCUAUUGACACGUCCCCCGCAAGGAAACGUGAGAAGGUGAGUGUAAAACUGAACUGAAUUAAAUUAGGAGUCACGAUAACCAGAACCACUAGAGGAAAAAUGCAAAAGGAAACAAACUGACGCUGCGGAUUACUACAACGGAGAAAGUAAGAAUGGUUACUACCAGCGCACGUUUUUAAAACGGUUAGAUAGGUAUUAAUUAAUAUGAAAUCGAUAUUUUCCUACCGCAGGGGGUGCUUUAAGCAUAAAUACGAAGGCUGCACGUAAUGAUUGGGGCCGGGAAGCUUGAACGAAUAUUAGAUGCUUUAUCUUUAAUAGUCAGCAAUUCAUGCCCGAUAAGUCAAUGGCGAGUUUCAUCAAACCGGUAUAAUAAUUCUCUAAAUU